CAGUGGCAAAGGUAGGGUGAGUGUUCUCUGUGCUUAUUGCUUGCGGACCAGGUUGGCCACACCUUGCUGGCUCACUCAUUCGCACGCGCCACCCUAAUGUCGGCGCUGGGCAGUGACCGCCAGAAGUUAGUAGACUUCAGGUUAGAGACAGCCUCUGGACUCCGCUCCUUCCCACCUGAGCUUGAGUCCUCAUUAGUUAGCAGAAACCAACAUGUCGGGGUGGGAGUCUUACUACAAAACCGAGGGUGAAGAAGAGGAAGAAGAAGAGGAGAGCCCUGAUACAGGUGGAGAAUAUAAAUGUUCAGGAAGAGAUAGUCUGAUUUUUUUGGUGGAUGCCUCCAGGGCUAUGUUUGAAUCUCAGAGUGAAGAGGAAUUGACUCCUUUUGAUAUGAGCAUCCAGUGUAUCCAGUGUGUGUACACCAGUAAGAUCAUCAGCAGUGAUCGAGAUCUCUUGGCAGUGGUGUUCUAUGGUACCAAGAAAGACAAAAAUUCAGUGAAUUUCAAAAACAUUUAUGUCUUACAAGAGUUGGACAAUCCAGGUGCUAAACGAGUGCUAGAACUUGACCAGUUUAAGGGACAUCAGGGAAAAAAGCAUUUCCAAGAACUAAUUGGCCAUGGAUCUGACUACUCAAUGAGCGAAGUGCUGUGGGUCUGUGCCAACCUCUUUAGUAACGUCCAGUUCAAGAUGAGCCAUAAGAGGAUCAUGCUGUUUACCAAUGAAGACGACCCCCAUGGCAAUGACAAUGCCAAAGCCAGCCGGGCCAGGACCAAAGCCGGUGAUCUCCGUGACACAGGUAUCUUCCUUGACUUGAUGCACCUGAAAAAACAUGGAGGUUUUGACAUAUCCUUGUUCUACAGAGAUAUCAUCAGCAUAGCAGAGGAUGAAGAUCUUGGGGUUUACUUUGAGGAAUCGAGCAAGCUAGAAGACCUGUUGAGGAAGGUUCGAGCAAAGGAGACCAGGAAGCGAGUACUUUCCAGGUUAAAGUUUAAGCUCAGUAAAGAUAUAGCACUCACUGUGGGCAUUUAUAACUUGGUCCAGAAGGCUAACAAGCCUUUUCCAGUAAGGCUCUAUCGGGAAACAAAUGAACCAGUAAAAACCAAGACCAGGACAUUUAAUGUAAAUACAGGCAGUUUACUCCUGCCUAGCGACACCAAGAGGUCUCAGAUCUAUGGGAGUCGUCCCAUUGUACUAGAGAAAGAGGAAACAGAGGAGCUGAAGCGGUUUGAUGAAGCAGGUUUGGUUCUCAUCGGCUUCAAGCCCUUGGUGAUGCUGAAGAAGCACCAUUACCUGAGGCCCUCCCUGUUUGUGUACCCAGAAGAGUCCCUGGUAAACGGAAGCUCAACACUGUUCAGUGCUCUGCUCACCAAGUGUCUGGAGAAGGAGGUCAUAGCAGUGUGUAGGUACACACCUCGCAAGAAUGUUCCCCCUUAUUUUGUGGCUUUGGUGCCACAGGAAGAGGAGUUGGAUGAUCAAAAAAUUCAAGUGACUCCUCCAGGUACGUGAUGGAUUUCCAGGGCUCCUGAACCUUUCCAAAUGCAUCUGAUUCCCUCACAGCUUGUGCCUAGCACAAAAUACUCACCAG